CAGCGUCGCUCCUUUCCCCGCAUGAAGGUGAAUUUUGAAAGCAGCCCGGCCGUGCCCGCAUCCCUUCGUAAGCGGGGGAGGGAGCGCCGCGUGGUCCCUAACGCAGCGCUCUCCGACACGCGGGCACCUUACGGAGGAAGCGCGAAACCCUGGAAGGAACGUUUCCAGAGUCCGCUACGAGCAGCGCAACCUCCGCUCCGCGGCUCACCCGCGAUGUUUGCCCAAAGCACGCGCAGCGCUGCCAAGCUCCUGGAGAAGAGCCCGUUCUCCGUCAGUGCCCCGAGCCCCCUGCUCCCCUCUCCGGCCAGCCUGCAGCUGGCCCAGCUCCAGGCACAGCUCACACUGCACAGGCUGAAGUUGGCUCAGACCGCCGUCACCAACAACCCGGCUGCCGCCACGGUCCUCAACCAGGUGCUCUCCAAAGUGGCCAUGUCCCAGCCGCUCUUCAAUCAGCUGAGGCACCCCUCUGUGAUGGGUGCUUCUCCGGGACACGCUGCAGGUGGCCCUCCGCCAGGGCCUGGCAUUGCGAGCACAAGGUUCUCUUCCGGCGGCAUCGCCUUUCCAGCACAGAGCGCGGGGGGCAGCCUGGGGCCCAUGCAGGCCCAGGCCCCCAACGCCAUCGUCAUGAGUCCCUUUGGAGGCGUCAUGGCUCCCACCUCCAGCCAGCAGCCCGUGGUCGUUGGACUCAACAAGGUGGGCCCCUCCACCGCUGCCGCUGCCGGAGGAUUUUAUGAGUACAGCAAGCAAAAUGUCACCACCCCGCAGGCCUACACCUCGGAAGGGGAUCAGCCUGGCUUCCCUUCAGCGGUUGGGGCUCGCUAUGAGGGGCCCUUUGGCCCCGCCGGCCCGCUGAAGCACGACUCUCCAGCAGGGUUCCAGAAAGAUGCCUAUGGGGCAGCGCCCACCUUCCCCGGCGACCCACACACUGGUACUCAUCCAAAAGGAGAUCCCAGCCCCAUCUUACAUGGCACAGGUACAAGCAACCAGUGGGAAAAUAUCCCGAAUUUCUCCAGCCAAAACAAGUCUGACCUCCUGCCCAGUGACAGCAUGUGGCCAUCAGCAAGCCAGCAGCCGUAUGAAAUAAGAAACGAGCUGUACAACCCCGAAGAACCGACACCUGACACAAAGUUUAGCACGGCCGCUGCCCCGGCAUUCGGCAGGCUCAACAAUAGCAAGCAGAGCUUCAGCAGCCCCCGGCUGAGGCAGAAUGAGGAGCUGAGCGCCGGUGCACCCGACCUGCCCAUGAGGUCACUGCAGCCCCACGAGCUGAACGACCUUCAUGGUGUGGCUCCCCUCCACUUCCCCCACGUCUGCUCCCUCUGCGACAAGAAGAUCUUUGAUCUGAAGGACUGGGAUCAGCACGUAAAGGGAACUCUUCACAUCCAAAAAUGUAUGGCUUUUUCAGAUAACACUGGUAUCCGGUGUGUGUUAAGUUCAGCAGAUGGAACAUUGCAUUUAUCACCAAAUAAUGCAGCAGUUUUCAAUCCAUCUAGUAUUGAAGAUUAUCCACCAAAUGUCGGCUCAUCUUUUAUCACUACGUCAGCAAGAUCCUUUGGCCAGCCAGGUGCUACAUUUCCUUCUCUUCCAUCAGGGUUUCCCCAGAGAAAAUCUACAUUGGGUCGAGUUGUUCACAUCUGCAACCUCCCCGAGGGAAGCUGCACAGAGAACGAUGUCAUUAACCUGGGCCUUCCGUUUGGGAAGGUCACCAACUAUAUCCUCAUGAAAUCCACUAAUCAGGCCUUUCUGGAAAUGGCUUACAGUGAAGCAGCACAAGCCAUGGUGCAGUACUACAAAGAAAAACCUGCUAUGAUAAACGAUGACAAGUUACUUAUUAGGAUGUCUAAAAGAUACAAGGAGUUGCAGCUGAAGAAACCAGGUAAGAACGUGGCUGCUAUCAUCCAGGACAUCCACUCACAGAGGGAGAGGGACCUGCUGCGUGAGGCAGACAGCAGGUAUGGCGCAGAGAGGCCACGCUCUCGCAGCCCCAUAAGCCGUUCCUUGUCUCCCCGAUCCCACACUCCCAGCUUUACCUCCUGCAGUUCACCCCGCAGCCCGAUGGGGACCAGCAGGACCGACUGGGGAAAUGGAAGAGAGUCAUGGGAUCAGUCCCCAUAUUCUCGACGGGAAGAAGAAAGAGAAAGCAGAGAAUGGCGAGAGAAUGGGGAUGAGAAGAGAGACAGGACUGACAUGUGGGUACAUGAGAGGAAACAUUAUUCCCGACAGCUAGACAAAUUUGACUUGGAUGAACGGAUUGAAGGAGGCAGAGGGCACAGAGAAAAAUACGUAAGGAGUGGUUCUCCUGGCUCCCUCCACCCUUUGUCUGGCUACAAGAGCAGGGAAGAUGACUAUUACCGAAAAGCCUCUAAGUCAAAAUCUGACAAAUUUCAGAGGCAGGAGUUUUCUGGGAGAUCCAAGAGAAAGGAAGAAGCAAAGUUCAGGGAACACAGGCAUUCUUACAGCGAGGACGCUGUAAGGGAGGAGACGGCUGAACAGAAGCAUAGCAAGGUCUCUGAGAGCUCCAGGCAGAAACAAAGUGAUAAGAAUAAAGUGAAGAAAGCUGAAAAAGACCAAGAAGAUGCUGUUGCUGGAGGCAGCGAUGUAAAGGAAACCAAACCUCCUGAGAAUAAGCUUGGUAAAGAGGAGCAAGAUCCAGAGAAGAGCUCACCUUCAGCUGAUAAACAAGGAGGAGAAUCUGGAGAGACUCUGGAAAACGCAGGAAAGGAGAAGGACCAAGACUGGGAGAGUGGAAGUGAGAUAGAAGGCGAGACCUGGUAUCCUGCUAACAUGGAAGAAUUAGUGACAGUAGAUGAAGUGGGAGAAGAUGACCUAAUUAUGGAGCCUGACAUUACUGAGCUUGAAGAAAUUGUACCAGUUGAUCAAAAAAGUAAAGCUGCUACAGAAAUGUGUUCCUGUAUGACAGCCAUGUUAGAACUGGAAAACGAUCAUAGCCACCUAACCAGGAACGAAGAGAAAUUUACCCAUAAACCUUUAGAAACAAACUUCAGGUCAGCAAAGGGCAGUGUAGCUUCUAGCAUCUGUCAGGAUGAUGAGGAAGAUGAUAACGAUGAUGCUGUAACUGAAGCAUCAAGCCUCAAUCUGGACCCUGAGCAGAAGCCAGAGGAGUCGCAAGAAGACCAGUUUGCUAAGGAGUCUGAUCACCAGCAGAAGGAAGUAAAGAAUGAUAAAGGCUCUGACGCUCAUGUAGAACCUGAAGAUCAGCAUACACCUUCUGUUCAGCUAAAAGAAGAGGCUCUCCAGCUCCCUGAUGCAUUCAUAGAUGAUUACAAACAGAUGGGAUCACAAGGAGCUGAAAGCAGAGAAGUUAUGGAAAUGCUUGUUAAAAACGUUAGUGAAGAAGCAAGACGUGAAAGCCAAGAGUGUCCAGAGGCAAAUUCUAGGUACCUGGAAAUGAGAUCUCUGGAAUACCCAGAAGUAGAGUCUAGGAGGAGGCACUCUCCAGCAGGCUGGGAACAAGAAGAUGUCUUCACUGAACUCAGCAUUCCCCUCGGCGUGGAAUUCGUGGUGCCUAGAACUGGGUUUUACUGCAAGCUCUGCGGACUCUUCUACACAAAUGAAGAGACAGCAAAGACAAAUCACUGCAGAAGUACUGUCCACUACAAAAAUCUUCAGAAAUAUCUGUCCCAGCUUGCAGAAGAGAGCCUGAAAAUGAAGGAAGAAGACAGCCACCUGCUUCAGGAUGACACUGGAAUUGUUCCUCACUUUACAAAGAAAAAAAUAUGAUGCGUAUGAGCUGGAAGAGCCAUAAUGAAUGAAUGCUGAUAGAUUUUUUUAAAAUUUUAUUUUCUCUGACAUAACUGUCAAUUUGCACUGUACAGAGGAGGGGAAAUAAAGAGCAUCUUCCAUGCACCUAUGCCCAGAGUGCCAUUAAAAACCAAAAUGCCUGAAACUGUUUCCCACGGUGAAGCAAAGCUGGCAUAUCUGUACCAAGUGGAGCAAUUCUUUCUCACACUCUGCACGUUGGGAGUGGUUUCCUAGAUUAAAUCAGAAUUCUCAGGGAUUCUUCAGGUUUUAAUUCUGAUGUGACACAUCAGGUCAGGCAGAGUAUUUAGAAGCACUCAGCAUCCUCCAGUGGACGCUGGAAGGAAAGGAGAUGUGACUAUAAAUAGGCUUUAAUGUUGCUUAAAGUGUCUGCAGUCAUUUUGCUCAUUACCCCAGUGAGUAGGAUUAGUGAGUAGGAUUUGCAUAGGACAUCUAAAGCUAUUGUGCUAAAACUAAUCUGUAGAUGGCAUCGUGUAAACCCCAUCAGCAUCCAUCUCCAUGCGUCUUAGAGCUGGCUGAAAUGAUAGAUAUUUGUUGUUAAGCACUGACAGUGUUGUAUGAAUGCAGAGGGAGCCACAGUCUCUGCCCAGGGACCUUAUAGCCUGAGCCCAGCACAGCGAGAGCAAUUCAAACACAUGUGCUGACAGCUCUGGAUUUCAGCAUUUCCUAUGGCAUGAUCAGGGUGUUCUCCAGCUACUGUUCUGUUUAAAACUCUUCUUUUUGACGAAUCUAAAGAGUGCCAACUUUGAGUCUUACAGACUUGAAACUCUCAUGGGAAGCUUUUUAAAGUGCCAUGUGUUUGGACCAUAUUGCUUUCAGACAUUUUACUUGAGACUCUUGCUUUUGGAGUCUUUCUGUUUUCUUUUCAGAGCUGCUUUUCCUUGGCUUGGCGAUGUUGAAUUUUCCUGGUUUUCAUGGAAAGAUGCCAGACUUUUAAUAUUGUUUUCAUAUUUUAUUUCCCUGAUUUUUUUAAGGUGGAUGUCACAACUCAUGGCUCACAGGGCUGCACUGAGAACACAGGAUGCACCAGCAGCUCUGGCAUUAUUACGAGCUAUUGUUUCUGUGCAGUUGCUACUUAGUAUUUUGCUCAGUCCCUUUGAAAUGCACUGUACAAGUUUCUGGUUCAUUUCAAUGGGGCUUUGUGUUGCAUAGUGAAUGUGUAUGCAAACCAUUGCCAGAAUUGAUCCCAGAGUUAUGCUUUUAUAAAGUGCACCACGUAAUCUAGGCAUAUGGGGAUUUGCAGAUGUGUUUCUGUUCUUUGCCUGACUCUCAUACUCAUCAGAGUACGUUCUGUAAAAAUUACUGGUGCAAGAUGUCCUGUUUAGAUGUUGUAAGUGGAAAUAGUUUCCCAAAAGGUUCCCGUCAUCCCUAAGAAUGGCAUGGACAUUGCAAACUAUUACAGAGUGACUAAGAUGCCAAAACUGCUUCCACUAAAGUAUUCGUUCCAUUAUUUCUUGUGCCAGCAGUCAUGCUUGUUCUCUGCAGUAUCCUGUGGCCAGGCAGCGUGUCUUAGAGGUGUCUGGCGUUGUUGCCUGAAGCCCUCUUCCAUUUCAUGGCCUGUGCUUUCCACUCGUUUUUACCAGAGGUGGGUUCAGAUUUCAUAUUUGGAAUUCCUGUUACAAGUUGAGGGAUUCUUUGCAUCCCACAUUCAGAUGUGGCCUAUCCAAAAGACAAGGGGAAAUGAAAAACAUUGCAGCAUAAAUCCUUCUUUAUCCACACUUG